CUUUGUCCUUCCGCCAUUUUGAGUGUCCAAAAAGCUGAUUGGGCUCGGGCUCCGGUUCUGGAACCAAUCAGAGCGGAGAGGAGAACCGAGACCGGAGAGGCGUUACCUGCACAGUGAGAUUUGCGUUUGUUCUGCCCGAUGCAGAUGGAGCAGUACACAGCCAGCAGUAAUGGCUCUCCAGAGCAGAUUGUGGUGCAGGCUGGCCAGAUACAGCAGCAGCCGGGUGCGGUCACUGCUGUCCAGUUACAGACUGAGGCUCAAGUUGGCACAGCCUCGGGGCAGCAAGUUCAGACCCUCCAGGUAGUACAGGGCCAGCCACUUAUGGUGCAGGUCAGUGGAGGACAGUUAAUCACAUCCACUGGGCAGCCUAUUAUGGUUCAGGCAAUGGGAGGCCAGGGGCAAACCCUUAUGCAAGUGCCAGUGUCUGGUUCUCAGGGACUUCAGCAGAUUCAGUUGGUGCAGCCAGGGCAGAUCCAGAUCCAAGGAGGACAGGCUGUGCAAGUGCAGACCCAACAGGGACAGCCUCAGCAAAUCAUCAUCCAGCAGCCACAGACUGCAGUGACUGCUGGACAGAAUCAGAGUCAGCAGCAGAUCACUGUCCAAGGUCAGCAGGUGGCACAGACAGCUGAAGGUCAGACCAUUGUUUACCAGCCUGUAAAUGCAGAUGGGACCAUUUUACAGCAAGGAAUGAUCACCAUCCCUGCAGCUAGCCUGGCUGGUGCUCAGAUUAUGCAGGCUGGAGGCAACACCAGUACAACUAACAGUGGCCAGGGGACCGUUACAGUCACACUUCCUGUGACUGGUAAUGUGAUGAACUCUGGGGGCAUGGUUAUGAUGGUGCCUGGUGCAGGCUCUGUUCCUGCUCUGCAAAGGAUCCCACUACCUGGGGCAGAAAUGCUUGAGGAGGAACCUCUGUAUGUGAACGCAAAGCAGUAUCACCGCAUCUUGAAAAGGAGGCAGGCUCGGGCCAAACUAGAGGCAGAAGGCAAGAUACCCAAGGAGAGGCGGAAAUACUUGCAUGAGUCACGACAUCGCCAUGCCAUGGCUAGGAAGAGAGGUGAUGGUGGGAGAUUUUUCUCUCCAAAGGAAAAAGAGGAACUUCACAUGCAGGAAGUAGAGUAUCACUAAGCAUGAUAAGAUGAAACCGGUCUGACGGAUUCAUCUCAGGGAAGAGACAUUUACACAGAUGUCAUCAUUCAUCAUGAAUUCAUCAGCGAUGAGGACUGAGCCGUUAUAAGAUAUCUUCCAGUCAAUUUUUCUUCGCACCUUUUUUACAUAUUUACCCUGGCACAGGAAACUAAACUUUUCAGAUUUACUAUGAUUGCAUGUGAAGAGUUAGAUUCUCCAGUUGGAUCUGUUGAUCAGUUUUGGCUAGUGAUCGGCGCUAGUUGUAAAGCUGCCCAACUCUGUCCUUGGAGGGGUCUUCCAGAGUUUCCUCUAUUGUUAGGGAAUGAAGUAGAUUGAGGGAAACUGUUUAACCUCUUUACUGCUGGUGGUGUGCUUACAGGCAUCCUGCCCUGCAGUGGGUGUCUGAAGGUUGAUUGCCCAGGCAUUAACAGCCAUAUUUGGUUCAAACAGCAUGUUGUAAAUUGUAGGUGGGCUUGUAUUUAAAGAGAGGAAAAAAAAAAAAAAAAAAAAAAAUAUAUAUAUAUAUAUAUAUAUAUAUAUAUAUAUAUAUAUAUAUAUAUAUAUUUUUUUUUUUUUCUUUUUCUUUAUACUGGGUCUUGUUUUGUACAGAAAUCUGUUAACUGGCAAACUUAAAUGCCAUCUUACAGAAAAGAGGGAGGGGGAUAGGGAUUUAUGAUACAUUUUGAUAUUGUAUUUUUUUUUCUUUAAGGUGUAAUAUGAUGUAUUUCAGAUGUAGAGUUAAUCGCUUCUUGUUUCUGAUUCCCAGAUGUUUUUAUCUCUGUAUACAUGUUCAAAUGAGGGCAAACGUAAGGUGCUUUUUAUUUAUCUAAACAAAGCGAGAGAUGUCUUUAACCUGCAGGAUUUCAGUUUAAUUCUUAAACAGCAGAAGCUGUGUUAAAUGUAUUUGCUUGCAGGAAUGUCACAUUUCUCACUGUAUGUGUACUUCUGGAGAAUUGGGUCCGAUUUAAUUGUGUAUUUUGUUACUUAUGGAUAACUUUGUACAUAUUUUUAUUUUAUAAUACAUUUUUUUUUUUUCUUCAAAUUGUAUUUCUAUUAGCUGUAUUUGUACUGUGUACCUCACCCAGCUAAUAAAACUUUAUUAACUACCA